CCCUCCCGUCGAGCCGUCUGAUUGGCUGUUCCGCGUCCCCCUGGCGUCUCAUUGGCUCUCCUCCCUCGCCCAACAUCCCUGCUCCCGCACGGGUUUCUGUCUCCCAGCAGAAGGCGCAGCCAUGAAUCCGUUAUUCGGCCCCAACCUCUUCCUCCUCCAGCAGGAGCAGCAGGGCCUGGCCGGGCCGCUGGGGGACCCCUUGGGAGGCGACCACUUGGCCGGCAGCGGGGACGUGCCCCCGGCGCCGCUCGCCCCGACCGGCCCGGCUCCCUACUCGCCGCCGGGGCCGGGCCCGGCGCCCCCCGCCGCCAUGGCCCUCCGCAACGACUUGGGCUCCAACAUCAACGUGCUCAAGACCCUCAACCUCCGCUUCCGCUGUUUCCUGGCCAAGGUGCACGAGCUGGAGCGCCGCAACCGACUGCUGGAGAAGCAGCUGCAGCAGGCGCUGGAGGAGGGUAAGCAGGGCCGGCGGGGCCUGCCUCGCCGCGACCAGGCCGUGCAGACCGGCUUCGUCAGUCCCGUCCGACCCCUGGGGCUGCCCCUGGGCUCCCGGACGGCCGCCGUCUGCACCCCGUCGGCGCGGGUCCUGGGCUCGCCCGCGCGCUCACCGGCCGGCCCCCUCGCGCCGUCCGCGGCCUGCCAGCCAGCGCCCUCCACCUCCGCCUCCACCGCCUACUCCUCGUCGGCCCGCUUCAUGCCCGGCACCAUCUGGUCCUUCUCUCACGCCCGCCGGCUCGGGCCGGGACUGGAGCCCACUCUGGUGCAAGGGCCUGGCCUGUCGUGGGUGCACCCCGACGGGGUGGGAGUCCAGAUCGACACCAUCACGCCCGAGAUCCGCGCGCUCUACAACGUGCUGGCCAAAGUGAAGCGCGAGCGGGAUGAGUACAAGCGGAGGUGGGAAGAGGAGUACACGGUGCGGUUACAGCUGCAGGAGCGCGUGAAUGAGCUCCAGGAGGAAGCCCAGGAGGCUGAUGCCUGCCAGGAGGAGCUGGCCAUGAAGGUGGAACAGCUGAAGGCCGAGCUGGUGGUCUUCAAGGGGCUCAUGAGCAACAACCUGACCGAGCUGGACACGAAGAUCCAGGAGAAGGCCAUGAAGGUGGACAUGGACAUCUGCCGCCGCAUCGACAUCACCGCCAAGCUCUGUGACUUGGCUCAGCAGCGCAACUGCGAGGACAUGAUCAAGAUGUUCCAGAAGAAGCUGGUCCCGUCCAUGGGGGGGCGGAAGCGGGAGCGCAAGGCCGUGGAGGAGGACACCUCCCUGGCAGCGAGUGACGGGCCGUGCCGCCCCGACGGGGAUGAGGAGGAGAGCACGGCCCUCAGCAUCAAUGAGGAGGUGCAGCGCAUGCUGAACCAGCUGAGGGAGUAUGAUUUUGAGGACGACUGUGACAGCCUGACUUGGGAGGAGACGGAGGAGACCCUGCUGCUCUGGGAGGAUUUCUCGGGCUAUGCCUUGGCCGCCGCAGAGGCCCCGGGAGAGCAGCCAGAAGAUAGUUUGGAAAAGGUGAUUAAAGAUACCGAGUCUCUUUUCAAAACCCGGGAGAAAGAAUAUCAGGAAACCAUUGACCAGAUUGAGCUGGAGCUGGCCACGGCCAAGAACGACAUGAACCGCCACCUGCACGAGUACAUGGAGAUGUGCAGCAUGAAGCGGGGCCUGGACGUGCAGAUGGAGACCUGCCGCCGGCUCAUCACCCAGUCCGGGGACCGAAAGUCUCCUGCUUUCUCUGCGGUCCCGCUUAGCGACCCGCCGCCACCGCCGCCAAGCGAGGCUGAGGACUCCGAUCGCGAUGUCUCCUCCGACGGCGCCAUGAGAUAGGGGCUUCCUUGUGCUCGGCCUGCCCGCUGGGACCCGCCGCAGCAGAGGGCUGGGGGCUCACAGAAGGGAAGCCCAUGUCCUGCGGCACCAGCCUGGCCCCGGGGACUGGGCGCUGCUCCCCGGCUGCCCACCUCGGUCCUCGGCCCCUGCAGGGCUCCGGGGCAUCUGGAGCAAGGCUUGGCUGCCCUUCCCAGGCCACUCCCUGCACAGCCGGCCCUCCUGCCUCCACGUGGCUGUCUGCUGCUUUCCCGCCUCUAAUGCUGCCGGAGCGCUCGUGGCCCCUUGCCCUCUCCACCGAGUAAGCAGUGUGAUUGUCCUUCCUUCCUUCCCUGUGGCCUGGGGGCCAGCUGGCCGUCUUGAUUCCAUACUGGUGCUAACUGGCUCAGGCACCGGUAUGAAGGGGAGGAGGCCAGACCUUCCGUGGCUUGUGCAGCAAAGAGGCCUUCCGUAUCACAGGCAGACUGAGUGGGUCUGGGCAGGGUGCGCCUUCCUCCCUGUUCAAGUGCUCACGGCCAGCUGCCCGUCGACAGCAGUGACGUGGCUCUGCCCUUUCCCUCGUGGGAAGUGCCACACGUUAUAAGGACCUUAGUGCAUCUGGGCAAGGCAGCUUUUGGGCUGACUGGGUGCAGUGCUGUGGAGAGAAAGAGACAGAAGCUCGUUUGUCUCCGUCACCACCAGGUGGCAGAAAAGUUGAAACUGCGUGUGUGGGAGUGGGUGGGCAUGCAUGGAUGUGUGCGUGCACACGUGUGCUCAGGGUCUUGGUUUCUUCAAGCAUCAGCUGCCGGUGUCCUCCGUGUCUCACACACGGAGACCCAACAGGCUGAGUAAGAAGAUGUCCCAGACUCAGAGAAGCUUGGAGAACUGGGGCAGCGACGCCGAGGGUCCCUCCGCGCCACUGCCUGAGGCAGACUGGGCGGAGCUGAUGUUUGAGUGGAAUCUAAUGAAACUGGCGAGUAUUUAUUGAA